AUGCAUUUGUUUGACCCCAAUUCAAGCACGCCAAACCAACGCGCGCCGGGAUUUGAGGGUUAUGAGCAUCUCAAGAAGGCUCAAAAAGCCGAUGCACACAUAAAAGCCAACAUCCGUCGUUUACGCGUCGUAUCCCGCGUUGUCGCCUUCAGUAUCUCCGUCGCAGUCCUAGUCCCUAUAACCAUGACCCUUGUCAAAUUUCUCAGCACAAGAGACAUAUACCGCAGCGUCACAACUUCGACCGGCGAAAAGAUGUCGCGUACCGCGUGGGCGAAAGACACAAAAUCAUGGCCAACAUGGAUGUACUUUUCCGUCGCUGCUGUUUCCAUGCUGCUCAACUUUGGCACCGUGUUCAGUUACCUGUUUGGCGUCGACGAGGCGAAUAGGGCAAGCCAUGUGACUUCAGUCUUCGGCUGGAUCAUCACGGCAGGGAAUCUCGUCGUUUGGAGUGUAGCUGCGGGUACGUACCGCUCGGAAAAAGACAAGCAUGGAAAGAGCAAUGAUCUUUGGGGAUGGACCUGUAGUGCACCUGCAAGGACGAUCCAGAAAGAGUUCGCUGGUGAAGUGGACUUUAAUCGAUAUUGCACUGUGCAGAGCGCGAGUUUCUACAUCGGCCUCGCUCAAGUGGGAGCGUCGUUGUUGACGGCAGUUACCUAUGUCAUGGUGUUCAUGAGGAAUCGGUCGAAGAAGAACUUUCAGAGGCAGUUGAGAUUGAGUGGAUUCGAGCCAAGUAGACGGUAAAGAGUGUUUCGCAGCCUUCAUGUCAUCGAGCGAUGCGAUCUUUGCGAAAUAGCUGACAGGGUCUGUCGAUGACUCCUAUGGGGAGUAAUGUGGAAGGCGUUAGCUUGACGGCUCGAUAAAUCAUUCGCAAUAUUUGUCAACAUGCAGGUCGAAGCAUUGCAAGGCGUCUCACCAAAACAUCAAUGUCUCCCUCUCUUAGUCAAGAAGCCGGGGUAAAUGCAAGAUCUAAAGAUGAGAC